UGUAAAAAUAAACCCGGAAGUCAGACUUAGCCAUAGCCACUGUUGUAGUUAUUUAUUGGCGGUUAUUGGUGUUUUGCGUGUUUUCCUGUAAUUUCACUUUUAUCUACAUAAUAGCACUAGUAAAGAAAAACUGACACAGAUUAAGACAUUGCUACUUCACAUUCAUACAGUAGCUCGUAAGUUAGCUAGCUAACCUAACCAGAUCCGAAGCAGAUAACGUUAGCAAGCUAGGCUAACGUAACGUUAGUUAGCUGAACGUUAUAUUUUGUUGUGUAUAUGGUCUCAGAGGAUAAAAGAUAGCCAUCGUAAUGUCUCUUAGCGCCGUUCACGGAACUCUGUCGAGCCUGAAGUCAUGUCAGGCAGACAUCGGGACGGGGAUGGACAUAGUGACAGAUGUGGCUAUGGACCUGGCGGAAGCACAGGAUGAAGAGGUGAACCCUGGCAUCAAAGAGAUGGAGGCCAUGAUUCUGGAGUGUGCCAGGCUGGACAGGGAGAUUAACUACUUUGUUGACGUUGUGCAACAAGUCACAGCAGAGGUUACUACACAGCAGCCAGAGGCCAUGUUCAGCCUGUCUGCCAAAGUGAAGGAGCAGUUCACAGAGAGAAUAACCAGGCUCUCUGAUGCUGAUCUGCACAAUCACCAGAAAGUAGUAGCCUUCAAGGACAGCAUCAAGAACUCUCUCAACCAAGCCAACCAAGAGUCAGCAGAGAACAUGGAGGAGCUCGAUGAGGACAUCGCUGUUACACAGAGCCAAGUCAACUUCACCUGCCCACUCACACAGGUGGACAUGGUGAAUCCGGUGAAGAAUAAGAAGUGUAACCACCACUAUGAUGAAGUAGCCAUACUGGGCCUGAUCAAAACAAGACACAGCCAGAAAAAGAAAUGCCGCUGUCCUGUGGUGGGCUGUGGGAACACAGAUGUGAGAGAGUCAGAUCUGAUUCCUGACCAGAUGCUGAGGAGAAAGAUCCAGAGCCAAAAGAGACAGGGCAACCGGACAUAGUACUCUACACAUUUUUAUUGGCAGAAUCAUUCAUCAUAAAACCUGUGCUUUGGUAAUUAUUUCUGUAUCAAGAAAGGAAUAUGUUGUUGGCGGUAUUUUGAGACAGUUGUUUUCAUCAGUACUGUUUGUGCUUUGAUUCCGAGAUUUGUACCUCAGGCAAACUCUGCUGUCAAGUUAAAUUAGAAUUUAAGACGCGAUGACUUGUUUGUAUUUUAGCUGGAGCAUUUUGGUGUACUCCAGUCUUGUUGAAUGUAAAUAAAAGCUGCAGACCUUUUCAUGAA